GGGGGCCUUCCCGGCUCCAAGGACGGCAGCUGCGGAGGCUGGCAGGCCGCUCACUGGGCCAAGAGGAAGUGUGCAAGGAGCAGAAGGCUGGAAGGCCACACCUGUUCCCUGCGCCUGUCCCCCCACCAAGCAGGGUCUCGCUCUGCAGACCAGGCUGCCCUGAGCUUGCAGGCCCGGCACGCAUUCAGUCAACAAAGCUAACCUCAGACUUGCAGCAAUUCUCCUGCCUCAACCUUCCACGGGCAGGGGUUGCCGGUGCCAGUGACCGCUUUGACACGCUCUCAACCCAGAGGCUCAAGAUGGCCUAUGUCCCAGCCCCCGGCUACCAGCCCGCCUACAACCCGACCCUGCCCUACCGGAGUCCCAUCCCAGGUGGCCUCAGCGUCGGGAUGUCCGUCUACAUCCAGGGGACGGCCAAGGAGAACAUGCGGCGGUUCCACGUGAACUUCGCCGUGGGGCAGGACGACGAGGCAGACAUCGCCUUCCACUUCAACCCCCGCUUCGAUGGCUGGGACAAGGUGGUCUUCAACACGAAGCAAAGCGGGCAGUGGGGCAAAGAGGAGAAGAAGAAGAGCAUGCCCUUCCAGAGGGGCAGCCACUUCGAGCUGGUGUUCAUGGUCUUGGCCGAGCACUACAAGGUCGUGGUAAACGGAAACCCCUUCUAUGAGUUUGGGCACCGGCUGCCACUGCAGAUGGUCACCCAUCUGCAGGUGGACGGGGACCUGGAACUCCAGUCGAUCAACUUCCUCGGAGGCCAGCCUGCCCCAGCCCCAUAUCCGGGCACAGACUACCCCAUGACUAUCCCGGCGUACCCCGCGCCCGGGUACAACCCUCCACACAUGAACAGCCUGCCGGUCAUGAUGGGACCCCCAGUCUUCAAUCCGCCUGUGCCAUAUGUGGGGGCCCUUCCAGGCGGGCUCACCGUCCGGAGAACCAUCAUAGUCAAAGGCUACAUACUUCCCACAGCCAAGAACUUUAUCAUCAACUUCAAGGUGGGCUCGUCCGGGGACAUAGCUCUUCACAUAAACCCCCGCAUAGGCGAGGGUGUGGUCCGCAACAGCUUUAUGAACGGCUCGUGGGGCUCGGAGGAGAGGAAGGUCUCCUACAACCCGUUUGGUCCUGGGCAGUUCUUUGAUCUGUCAAUCCGCUGCGGCACGGACAGAUUCAAGGUGUUUGCCAACGGCCAGCACCUUUUCGACUACAAUCACCGGUUCCAGGCCUUCCAGAUGGUGGAUGUGGUGGAGGUCAAAGGUGACAUCACCUUGUCCUAUGUCCAGAUCUGAGCUCUUCCUGGGGAAGCAGAGAGACCCCAGUUCCAUCCAAGGCCCUAAUAAAAUGUCUAAGGGCUUUCA